UGAACGAUUGGGUCAGAAGGAGAGGUCAAGGUGUGUGAGCUGAGGCCGUUGUGUCAAAGUAUGUGCAAUUAUGUAUUGUAGUAUGUGAUGAUGUCCUUAUCUGUGGUGGGAGUAUCCGGGAGCGAAGUGAUAAAACACCCGCUGGUCAGCUGUGCAGUGAGCACCAUGCGGGUGUCGAGUUAAGGGUAGGACUCCAGUUACACUCAUGUACAUUUAAUACGUAAAGAUUCGCAGUUUGUUAAUUUUCACUGCUCGCCACAUUACCCAGUAUGGCCAAAACACUUUCUUUGAUAUUGCCCUAAUAACAACCAUGAACAUUUUAGAGACUGCCAGCUGACUAACACAUCAUUAUGAUGCUACCAGAACCGACAAGAGCAACGACAACGUCGGCUUCAACGGCGACGGCAGAAUGUAUAUCUACAUCAACGGACAACAGCUGGGUAACAAUUCCAUUAAGUGAUACUGAUUGCCACAAUAGAAACCUCUCGCACACCCUCUCCGAAGGAGACUUGGUAGAGUUUCCGCAUGUAAACGAUAGUCACUGGGGCAUCUAUGCAGGCAAUCAAAGAAUCAUUCAUCAUGUAGCAGAAGAAGAAAAGAAAAGUAUAUUCCAUGGGAUUUCAAGACAGCUAAAGAAUAGCAAUGGCCUAAUGGUAGUCAGUUGCGUGGGCCAUGCAAUGGCAGGUGGUUCCCAUAAAAUGAAAGGAGAAGUACGUGACGAUGAUUUUUUUCAUGUUGCUGGGGACUCCAAGGCAAAGAAGAGCAACCAUUUGGAUCACAUAUUAAGUGUGUUCGCACCAGAUGAAAUCGUGGAACGAGCCAUGUCCAAAUUAGGUAGAAAAGACUACGACAUCUUCACUAACAACUGCGAGCAUUUUGCUACCUGGUGUCGGUAUGGAAAGGAGAUUAGUCUGCAGGCAAUGGCAAUAAACGGUGAAGAAGUUGAGGAGACCUCAGAUACCAUGACUCCUGUUCUUGCUGGUGUUGGUGUUGCUGUUGCUGUUGCUAUUGGGAUUGGUGUAGCACUUUUAAAGCUUUUGUGAAUACACUUCUACAAACUGCCGUGGUACAAUGCAAUUUACCUGUAGAAAAGUGACUCACAUUUGCGGACCGAUGCAAGAUUAUCUUGAAGCCAUGUUGUCCGCCCUAGUUCAACGACAGGGGACACAGACCCCUCAGUGUGACAUAGGAGACAUCUUUCAUCAUACAUGGACUAAAUUUAUUUAUUUACGUAUUAAGUCUACAAAUGAGCUACAUAUUUUUUGCCAAGUUUGUCAAGUUUGUCAAGAAAUAAAAGUAUUUU